AUUCUGGGCAGGCGCAGUGAGCGCGCAGCGCUCCGGGCCCAUGGAGACGGCGGGGCCGCAGCCCGCGGCGGGGCCGCAGCCGGGGGCCGAGGAGAUCGACAUGUCCCUGGAUGACAUCAUAAAGCGCCACAGGAAAGAGCAGACAGAUGCCAGCGCCGUGGGCGACAGCAGAAGGCAGCAGGUCAAGAGCAGGAGUUCAGCCUCCGGGUAUGGGCGGCCCCGAUACCGAGCCUGGAAGCAGAGGAAUUUGCAAGGACCUAACCGUUUCAGAAGAGGGUUUGGACAGCAGCAGUUCAAUCGGAGACAAUUCAGGAAUGCUUUGCCUGGUCGCAAGAGAAGAGCAGCUGCUGCAUUUGAUGGAGUGAGCCCUUUAAAUCGCCAGGCAUCAGCUCAGGAGGGCACCAAGAAGAACCAUGCUUUUGCCAAAAGCUGCAGUGGGCAGCAGGAGGAACAGCCACAGCCAUCUCCAGGCACCAAAAGAUUCAGAGCAGAUACUGCCAGCAUCUGUGCCCCAGGGAGAAGCAGGCCUUUCCUGCUGAACAGGGGAUUGGCGUUGCAGCGGGUGCAGCAGUGGUUCUCCAAAGCCCGCUUCCAGAGAGGGCAGAUGGAUUCUCAAGGAGAAGGGAAACGGCCAAGGAUGAGAAGGUGGCAAGUGAAACCCAGCCCGGGAGCAAUUCUGACGGUUUCUGUGGUUAAUCCCCAGGCGGGCCAGCGCAGCCUGCCUGGAUCCAAGCGCCCAUUCCUGCGAAGCCAGAGACCCCCAGCACGGGUGGCCAAGCCCCAGCCCAAGGGGGUGCUGCUGAGAUUCAACUUCCGCGCCAUGGCCAACCAGACCAGCCUGACGCUGGAUGAGAGAUUCUCUAGUCUGAGGAAUAAGAGGCGCUUUACAGCAGCCAGGAGCGCCGGACGGAUGGUCACCAUGCCUUAGGACCGCGUGCUCGUCACAGGGACUGCCUGUGACAGUCCAGGCUCCAUGACAAGGCCUCAAUAAAAGUCGCUAGAUUCCCUUUGA